AAGAACUUAUUUCUAAAAAAACGAAAACAAAAGGAGAAAAACCCUAUUAUAUAUAGAAAAAAACGGUGCGGUCUGGAUAUUCAGGUUGCCGGACUCAAAAGUGUUGGAGCUAGAGCCUGUAGUUGAAGAACUGAUCUUGCUUUUGCAUUCCCAGCUUGUCGAUGAAUCAAUUUCCUCCUCUGCUUUCGCACGCCUCAACUAGUUCUGCAGGAUACGUGUCUCUUCCUACCAGCAACAGGUACCAGAUUUUGUCAGUACAUACCAACUACCUUACUCUGACUCCUUUGGCUUCACCACUACUUCGACUAGUGCUCCCAGUUUCUUGGUUUACUACCUCAUGUUGCAAAGGGCCAAGGUUAUUCAGUCACAUAUGGCGUCGACCAAGAAGUUUGAAGGUGAGUGCAAGACCGAGAGUCUGCAUGCAGAGAUUUGUUGCGGAACGUCUAAGAAAUGAUAAAGUUGUUAGGUCACAUCAUUUCAAGCUUGAAAAGGUAAAGGUGCUGAGAAGUUCCAGUAGUAGGCAAUUCAGUUUCUUUGCCACUGCAGAUGACCAGUUGCCCAACAGUGAGCUUGAGGAAGAUGUUUCUGAGCAAGAAAGUGAUUAUCCUACUGUUGAAUACAUUGCCUCUGUCAGUAGUUCAAAUGCUCAACUUGAAGGUGCUGGUGGUAAGCCUGGCGUACUAUCAUUCUACAAUUCUCCUUACAGAAGGGAGGAGAAAAUCCUUGUGUCCACUGCUGCAAAGAACCAGAACAUUCUACUGUGGUUUGUUGGUCCAGCUGUCCUUGUAGCCUCUUUCAUCUUUCCCUCGCUUUACUUGCGCAGGAUAUUAUCAACUAUAUUUGAGGACUCUUUGUUAACUGAUUUCCUCAUCUUGUUCUUCACAGAGGCUCUCUUUUACUGUGGAGCAGCAGCGUUUCUUCUCCUAAUAGAUCGUUCAAGGAGACCACUUGAGCUAGUAUCAUCUGACAGUAAACUUACCCCACCACUUGGAUAUAGAAUAUCUUCAAUUUCUGUACUAGCUCUUAGUCUAAUAAUUCCAAUGGUGACCAUGGGGUUUGUUUGGCCAUGGACCGGUCCUGCAGCUUCUGCUACUCUUGCCCCCUAUCUUGUUGGUAUUGUUGUGCAAUUUGCUUUUGAGCAGUACGCAAGAUAUAUUGACUCGCCUUCAUGGUCUGUUAUCCCCAUUGUUUUUCAGGUUUACAGGCUGCAUCAGCUGAAUAGGGCUGCACAACUUGUAACAGCCCUUUCUAUGACAGUAAGAGGAGCAGAGAUGACUGCACAGAACUUGGCAAUAAAUGGCUCAUUGAGCACACUUCUAAAUGUCCUUCAAUUUCUUGGGGUGAUUUGUAUUUGGUCCCUUUCUAGCUUCAUCAUGAGAUUUUUCCCUUCUGCUACUAUGGCUGAGGGGUAAGACAUGGUUCUUGGUCCUGCACUAAAUGCUCCGGAAAAGUCUGCACAUGCAAUCUUCUGGUUGGUUGUUUGGAAAUGCCACAGGUCUUUUGUGGCUGCCGUGGUUAUUUCUUCAGAUGGCACCUGUUGUUGACUUGAUUUUUGUUGAAUGUGAAAGAACAUGAGCAUGGAAGCCUCUCCAACAUGUUUCACAUUUGCAGGAAAUUCUUGGCCAAUGAAGAAAUGCAAAGGUACAGGUCUGCUGAUCAUCUUGUCACCUGUUCUGUAUUUGGUUCAAUAGGCUGUGAAUAGGACAACACUAGGUAAAAUACUCGAUUCACUCAGGGCUCAGGAGUUUUACUUCAUGGAUAUUUCAUGUACAGUUUAAAUUUUAUAAUGGGUUAUCUUCUGCAGUGUUUCUUGUGCA